CUCCGUCCUCUCUCUCUCAGUCUCUCAGACACUGUGUCUCAGUGAAGGGGAUUCUCCGUAACCAGCUGUAGCUUAACGUGAUUUGUCACCUCAGUCACUCUAUUCCCCGUGAGGAAACGUUCCUUUUUCUUCUAAUCAUUACCGCUUCAACGUUAAAUUUCUCCGCUGGCAUGUUGAAGCUGUCAAUCAAACCUGUGGAAGGUACUCUCAAGCUGCACUGAGAGACAGAGAGAGUAGAAGAAGAGUAGAAUAAGUUUUAGUCGAGCUCAAAGGGCACCUUUUUUUUCAGUUCUCGGAUUCAUUCACCUUUUGAUUGAGACUAUAUACUAUGGUAAAUGAAACUAUGAAGACAGUGGUGUUACGGCAAAGGAUCUUUCUUAGCCAAACUCAAGAUCCAGGAUUUUUUAUUUAUCUCAAUUGAAAUGCACAGGAUCACCAGAUUCAUUGAAGGAUCUGUUUGGACUUUUUUGGCUCUAGACAUACCUGCAGUAUAUGUGAAGUUGGGAGACCAGAGUGAGCUAGGUGAUGGUUCAACAGGCUAACGAAGCUAGAUGCUAAUUCUUUCUGUUCCGGCAUCCAGUCAGCUGACAAUCCAGCAGAUAACAAUCAAGCGAUGACCACGGUAUCCAUGGAGCCCCUGCUGGUUCUGAUGGAGCUGAUCCCCAACGCCACCGACCCGCCUUUAGACUCCACCCCUUCCUCUCCCGAAGACACCGCCGCCACCUUCACAAUAGGCUGUAUUCUCUCCCUCAUGUGUCUGGUCGGCGUCUCCGGAAACAUCUACACCCUCGUGGUCAUGUGUCAAUCCAUGCGUUUCGCGGCAUCCAUGUAUAUUUACAUCAUCAACUUAGCCCUGGCUGACCUCCUCUAUCUGUUGACCAUUCCGUUCGUGGUCUGCACGUACUUCCUGAAAGGUUGGUAUUUUGGCGAUGCUGGGUGCAGGAUUCUAAUCAGCAUGGAUUUUCUGACGAUGCACGCCAGCAUUUUCACGCUGACCAUCAUGAGCACGGAGAGGUACUUUGCCGUGCUGAAACCGCUGGACACAGUCAAGCGGUCAAAGAGCUACCGCAAAGCCAUUGCGGUGCUUGUAUGGGUGGCUUCCCUGGUCCUGACUUUACCCAUGAUUCUCAGUAUUCAGAUGAUGAAGGUGGGGAGCAAGGCCAUGUGCCAGCCGACUAUCUCACCGCUGUCCUAUAAGGUGUACAUCACCUUCCUGUUCUGUACCAGCAUUGUGGCUCCGGGGAUGAUCAUUGGCUUUCUCUACAUCGGACUGGCUCGUACCUACUGGAUCUCACAGACAGAAACCUUCAAACAGACCAAGAAACUACCCAACCAAAAGGUCCUCUACCUGAUCUUCACCAUUGUACUUCUGUUCUGGGCCUGUUUCCUGCCCUUCUGGAUCUGGCAGCUCCUGGGUCAGUUCCAGCCCUCCAUCCAUCUCUCCACCAAGUCCAAGCGCAACAUUAACUACUUGACCACCUGUCUCACCUACUCCAACAGCUGCAUCAACCCUUUCCUCUACACGCUGCUCACCAAGAACUAUAAGGAGUACCUGCGGAAGCGCCAGCGUACCUGGACUGCGGGCAGCUACUUCAACCGAUGGAACCGGUUCCAGCGAUCACCAAGGAGGUCGCUGUCCUCCAGCAGCCAGCAGUGCACGGAGAGCUUCGUGCUCACGCACACACCGUCUCUGCGCAUCACGCACAACAGCAGCCUGUGAGGUAUAGGAGAAGAGGUUUCUGGUCUUGGUCUUAUCGUGACAUUAUCUCCACGUCUGCUACCCAUUUACGGCGACGUACAGAUGUCGGAUCUUAACUUAAUCACUAUUUUGUCGCAGAGAGUUUUCCUGUUGCAUCAGGAAAUUCAAAUUAGCCUCGUGAUUGGCUGAAAAUGAGCAGUUGUCUUUCUCUCCACUCGGGGCAGUUGAGGCAUUGGGAUCGGGUCUUGCUAUCAAAAUUACGUUAUCUCUCACUCGCUCAAAAUCUAGGCCUAGGUCUCAUUGCUGCAACAUUUAAAUGUAAAAAUGGUAUCUGAAAUGCAGCCAUAAACAUCAACAACUUAUACAUCUUUAUAACACAAGAUAGAUAUUGGUCUCCGUUAGGCUACGACAUACAAGUGUCUAGUGUAUCCAAAAGUUACAAAUAAACUCAGCCAUGGCCUGGUCGGGAGGUUAACGUUGCUGCCUUCAGUAUAUAGGUUUUCCAUGUCGAUUCUGGCCCAUUUCCUUAUGGUAGAAAUAACUCGAUCCCCCAAUUGACUUGAUGUAGUUACAUAUUUCAAAUAUGGACAGUCCAGGGUUAUUUUCAACAACAACAAAUAUGGACAGUCCAGGGUUAUUUCAACAACAACAAAUAUGGACAGUCCAGGGUUAUUUUCAACAACAACAAAUAUGGACAGUCCAGGGUUAUUUUCAACAACAUCAAAUAUGGACAGUCCAGGGUUAUUUUCAACAACAACAAAUAUGGACAGUCCAGGGUUAUUUUCAACAACAUCAAAUAUGGACAGUCCAGGGUUAUUUUCAACAACAUCAAAUAUGGACAGUCCAUGGUUAUUUUCAACAACAACAAAUAUGGACAGUCCAGGGUUAUUUUCAACAACAACAAAUAUGGACAGUCCAGGGUUAUUUUCAACAACAACAAAGAUGGACAGUCCAGGGUUAUUUUUAACAACAACAAAUAUGGACAGUCCAGGGUUAUUUUCAACAACAACAAAUAUGGACAGUCCAGGGUUAUUUUCAACAACAACAAACAUGGACAGUCCAGGGUUAUUUUCAACAACAACAAAUAUGGACAGUCCAGGGUUAUUUUCAACAACAACAAAAUGAUCAUGUGCGGCAAAUACAAAACGUUUAGACAUUACCGUGAAAUGAUUACAAAUGAGAUCUAAAAAAUAUAUAUAAUAACACAAUGAAAUAACAAUAAUGAGUACCGGUACCGAGUCAAUGUGCAGAGUAUGAGGUAGUUGAGGUAAUAUGUACAUGUGGGUAGAGGGAAAAGUGACUAGGCAAUCAGGAUAGAUAAUAAACAGAAUAGCAGCAGUGUCUGUGAAGAGUGUGAAAGAGUCUCUGCGACUAAAUGUAGGUGGCAUCAAUAUUCAUGUGUGAGCCGGAAGUUUACACCUUAGCCAAAUAAAUACUCAGUUUUUCAAAAUGUUUCAGUUAUUCACAAUUUAAUCCUAGUAAAAAGUCACUCUCUAAGGUCAGUUAGGAUCCACACUGAAAGAAUAAUAAUAACAGAGAGAAAGAUUUAUUUCAACUUAUUUCUUUAAUUACAUUCUCAGUGGGUCAGAAGUUUACAUACACUCAAUUAGUAUUUGGUAGCAUUGCCUUUAAAUUGUUUAACUUGGGUCAAAUGUUGUGGGUAGCCUUCCACAAGCUUCCCACAAUAAGUUGGGUGAAUUUUUGCCCAUUACUCCUGACAGAGCUGGUGUAACUGAGUCAGGUUUGUAGGCCUCCUUGCUUGCACAUGAUUUUUCACUUCUGGCCACACAUUUGCUAUAGGAUAUUGCUCCCAAGGAUGAACCAGACUUGUGGAGGUCUACAAUUUUUUUUUCUGAAGUCUUGGCUGAUUUCUUUUGA